AUGGCGCUGGCGGGGCUUCCAGAGUUCGCCUGCUGCCAGCUAUCAGGACCCAAGGCGCUCUCGGUUGUCCUCUGUGGGGCCGAGGGUCGAUUCCCCGACCCCACGGACUGCCGCUACUACACGGACUGCACGAGCAACGGCGACGGCAGCUACACGCAGACCAUCACUCCGUGUCCUGCCGGAACCUACUACAACUCGUGCCAGGGCAACUGCAGCCUCACUCAGCAACCACCCAACUGUUCCUUUCCCUGUAGUAUUAAUGGUGCUAUAACUAUUUCGCCUGAAAAUCCGUCUGUGUAUUUCGUGUGUAUUAUUAAUGCUACAGGGUCGUACUUCAAUGUUAGUAAAUGUGACAAUUGCAAUAUUUCAGUUAGCUGCCCAGUCAAUAAUUCAACAGCUGGGGGCUCCAGCUGUAACGGUACUUAUUAUUAUGGAGAUGAAAAGAACUGUUCCGUUUUCCAUCACUGCAGUGGCGCAGGUGCGACACCAGAUCUGGGGGAAUGCGGUACUGAUCAGUACUACUUGUCAUAUAACCACAGCUGUGUCGAGUUUUAUUGCACAUCAGAGGGCUGGUUCGCUGACCCAGCCAAUUGUUCCCGAUACUAUUACUGCUCCAGAGAUGGGUCGAGUUAUGUCAAGACGCAUGUUCUGUGUCCGGAUGGUAGUCACUUUGACAGCUCGGUUGGAGGAUGCAUGAUGGGAUUGUGCACAACAGUCUGCCCCGGAAGCAGCAGCUCAGAUUUCAGGUGCCCCUCCAGCGGCUUCUUCGCGGAUCCGUUGAGCUGUAGCUCAUACUAUUACUGCGACAGCAACCUAGAAGCAACGCACAUCGACUGUCCAGACGGAAGCCACUUUGAUAGUGUUGUCGGUGGCUGCAUGAUGGGUAGCUGUUCCAAAAGGAUGAUCUGA